AGUGUCACAGUUUGAGACGGAAGCGGAAGCACGUACCGAUGUGUUUAGCAUAACGUGUGGAGAAGUUUUAACGUUGUAAAUUUUCCUAACUCUUAACACCAGCGAACCCCUCUGUUGUUUUAUCUCUGGUCCAGAUUCAAGAUGUUUAACAGACAGACGAGCCUGUGGAUGGGUGAUUUGGACCCAUACAUGGAUGAGAACUUCAUCAAGCAGGCAUUUAGUGCUAUGGGAGAAUCACCGUUUGGAGUCAAGAUCAUCACUCACAGGAUAACAGGUGGUUCAGCAGGAUACUGCUUUGUGGAGCUGGCAGAUGAAGCGAGUGUCGACCGCUGUGUCCAAAGACUGAAUGGAAAACUGGUUCCUGGAUCAAACCCGCCCCGGAAGUUUAAGCUAAACUAUGCCACCUACGGCAAACGGCCAGAGGCAGGGCCGGAGUUCUCAGUGUUUGUGGGCGACUUGGCUUCUGAGGUGGAUGACUUCCAACUACACCAAGUUUUUAAGAAGUAUCUUUCCUGCAAGGGAGCCAAAGUUGUCACUGACCAGUAUGGAUACUCCAGAGGUUACGGCUUUGUCAAGUUUGGGGAAGAGAGCGAGCAGAAGAAAGCGAUUGAAGAGUGCCAGGGUACGAUGCUGGGGGGAAAGCCGCUCAGACUCAGUGUUGCUGUAGCAAAGAGUCAGAAGAUGAGCAGCUACCACGGCGGCCAAGGCCAGAAUUACCAUAGCAACUACAACCAAACCCAGUCCGGUUACUAUGGCAACCAUGGCAACGGGGGUCAGGGUUACUACUCUCAGUGGGGUGGUUACGACCAGUACAGUGGCUACAACAGCAGCUAUAACACCGGCUAUAACACCGGCUACAACACUGGCUACAAUUAUAACUAUGGACCCUAUGGAUACCCACCACCUGGCCACAUGAUGCCACCACCUCCCAUGGGGAUGCCACCCACUGACAUGUCAGGAGCUGUAGAGCAGAGCCAUGAGGAGGGUGGAGAUAUGGAGGAAGAUAAUGCAGAAGAGCCCAUCCCUGAAUGUGACGUGGAGCAGUGGAACAAAGAUUUUAUGCAACGCAGCGAGGAGCUGUAUGACGCCAUGAUGAGCUGUCACUGGGAGCCCCUGGAUUCUGUUAACUCCCCCAUCCCCUCCCUCUCUUGAUAAUUCCUCUUCUGAUCCCUUCCUAAACCUUAAAUACUUUGAUUUUGUACUUCCCGUAACCUGCCAUGAUCUAACACCACACUGACACCUUAAAAAGGCCAGCUUCAGUUCACUGUCUCAGUACUUCUCUAAACCCAAGUACUUGUUCCCUUUUUAAAGUACACACAAACAAUUCACUUUUAAUGUUUACCAAGAUGGUAAUGUUGAAAAUGGUGUUUAAUAAUCAGAGACUUUACUGUUUAGUGCAAACUGUUCUGUAUGAACUCCAGUAUAAAUCAGAGCUACAAGCUUUGGGAGGAAGAGCUGAAGUAGCCUUUUCUGCUGUUGACUGGCACACAGUAGAUGUAGCAUUGGAAACUGAAUGUCAUGCGUCAAUAUUUUCCCAUUUAAUGAUAUCACUAAGGAACAAACUCCUCUGCCACUUUUGUUGAUCCAUGCUGAAAUGGUGACACCAGCAAAGGCUAACUUUACUCAUUGGGUAUGGCCCUGACUUUUAAAGAAGAGAUCGUCCUCUCACUACAGAAGUUCAAACUAUGCCUUAAAUGAUGGUCAUUAUGAUAAUUUAGUAUUUGCAGGAUAUCAGUCUGUCUUGUCUUCAUUUUUUAAUUAAUGAAGGAAUUUUCCUCAGUUUUUUUUAGUUUUUCUGAAGUAAAAGAUGUAAAAGUAUGGACGGAUGUUGACACUGAGUUCACCUAACAGUAAUAAGUCACGAAGGUAGUUUAUUCCUGUUUUCCAGACAAGAAGCUAGAUGUCUGUCAGUGUAAUAGAUGGGUGGUACAACCUCUUAAUGCUUUUGAACGCUGUGAAACUGUGUAAUGGUUCAGUGAGGUUCAGCUGACUUGCUGUAUCAGAUGUCGACACAGCAUUUAUUUUCUGCUGUUUGAUGGCUGAGGUUUUGUAUAUAUUUUCUUUGUGGAGACGUUUUAUCAAUAAAACAAAUUUAGGAGAAAAA